AAAAAAUAAUCAUAACCCAAAAAACAGAGAGAUCGAGCUUGAAUUGAAGCAGAGCCCAGGUCUUCAGCUUCAGUAAUCACUCAGAAAAUAUAGUUAUAGAAACUCAAAUUCUUUUUCUCUUUGCUUUAGAUUCUUGCAUAAUUCAAUUGGGUUCUUUAGAUUUCGAACUGGGUGUCAAGCUUUUGAUGCCGAGUUCAAGUAUAUGAUUCAGUUUCUCUUGAAAGAAUCUCUCUGUGUUUUUGUGUUCUGGGAUUUGUGAUUUUGUUUUUGGAUAAAUGAAUCCGAGUAUCGGGAAGGGAUCCAUGUCAACGGCUAGUUCAAGCGUAGCUUGGAAGGCCGGCGACGUCGUUCCGGACCAGUUCCCGGCGGGACUGCGUGUCCUGGUCGUCGAUGAUGACCCCACAUGCCUUGUGAUCUUGGAGAAGAUGCUAAGGACUUGUCUUUAUGAAGUUACCAAAUGCAAUCGAGCAGAGAUCGCAUUGUCGUUGCUUCGAGAGAACAAAAAUGGGUUCGAUAUUGUUAUAAGUGAUGUUCACAUGCCGGACAUGGAUGGAUUCAAACUCCUGGAGCACAUUGGGCUAGAGAUGGACCUGCCUGUAAUCAUGAUGUCGGCAGAUGACGGCAAAAACGUUGUCAUGAAGGGCGUCACUCAUGGUGCUUGUGACUACCUAAUCAAACCGGUCAGGAUCGAAGCAUUGAAGAACAUAUGGCAGCAUGUUGUUCGCAAGAGAAAGAAUGAGUGGAAGGACGUGGAGCAAUCGGGUAGCGUGGAAGAUGGAGAUCGGCAGCAAAAACCGUCUGAAGAUGUGGAUUAUUCAUCCUCAGCUAAUGAAGGGAAUUGGAAAAGCUCCAAGAAGAGGAAGGACGAGGAAGAAGAUGCCGAGGAGAGGGAUGAUACAUCCACAUUAAAGAAGCCACGGGUUGUUUGGUCGGUUGAGCUCCAUCAGCAGUUUGUGGCUGCUGUUAAUCAACUAGGCAUUGACAAGGCUGUUCCUAAGAAAAUUCUGGAGUUGAUGAAUGUUCCUGGGCUCACUAGAGAAAAUGUUGCUAGUCACCUUCAGAAAUAUCGCUUGUACCUUAGAAGGCUAAGUGGGGUUUCACAACACCAGAGUGGUCUGAAUAAUUCUUUCAUGAGCCCUCAAGAAGCACCUUUUGGACCGAUGUCUUCGCUCAGUGGGCUUGACCUUCAAAGUCUUGGUGUUAGUUGUCAACUACCGGCUCAAAGUCUCGCCACACUUCAAGCGGCCGGACUUGGCAGAUCAACCUCAAAAUCUGGCAUUCAAAUGCCACUGGUUGAUCAGAGGAACCUUUUUAGCUUUGAAAAUCCAAAGUUAAGGUUUGGGGAGGGGCAACAGCAACAUCUGAGCAAUAGUAAACCAAUUAAUUUACUUCAUGGAAUCCCAACAACUAUGGAGCCAAAGCAGCUUGCCACUUUGCACCAGUCUGCACAGUCACUUGGGAGCCUGAAUAUGCAAGUCAAUGCCCAUGGUGGACAAAGUAGCUCUUUGCUAAUGCAGAUGGCUCAACCACAAUCAAGAGGCCAGAUACUCAAUGAAUCUACUGGCAGUCAUGUUCCUAGGCAUCCGUCGUCCAUAGGACAGCCUAUUAUGUCAAAUGGAAUUGCUGGUGGGGUUAUAGGAAGAAAUGGUAUUAGUGAUAAUGGCAGAGGGACAGGGUACAAUCAAGUUCCGCCAACAUCUUCAAUGCUGAGUUUUCCAAUGAACCACACCACAGAAUUGACUGGAAACAGUUUCCCUCUUGGAAGUACUCCUGGGAUAUCCAAUGUCACAUCUAAAGGAGCAUUUCAUGAAGAGGUUAGCUCAGAAAUGAAAGGAUCGACAGGACUUUUACCUAGUUAUGAUAUUUUCAACGACUUGCAUCAGCACAAAUCCCAAGAUUGGGAGUUACAGAAUGUUGGCUUGCACUUUGAUGCCUCUCAAAAUGCAAACCCUAUUCAAGGCAACCUUGAAGUCUCACCAUCGGUUUUAGUUCAUCAAGGCUAUUCUUCUAGCCAAAGGAGUGGGCAGAACAGGAAUGCAUCCUCCCUAGGCAGGGGCAUGUUCUCAGGGGUGGACAGUACCGAGCAAAGGAAUACACAAAGUGGUGGUCAACACCUUAAUAACCUUCUUAUUGACAAUUCUGUCAGGGUCAAGGCUGAAAGAAUUCCUGAUGCAAGCAGUCAGACAACCCUAUUUCCUGAACAUUUUGGUCAGGAGGAUCUCAUGAGUGCACUCCUCAAACAGCAGCAAGGAGGUAUCGGACCGGCUGAAACUGAGUUCGACUUUGAUGGUUAUUCCAUGGAUAAUAUUCCGGUGUAGAAAGUGCUCCGUGUUCCAGUUCUUUCUAUGGUUGCAGUUCUGAUGUACAUACUUGCUACCACAGAUGGAAUUUUAACCUGCAAUCAUACAUUGGAGAUUCAACUUUCUACCUGAAGAUGAUACAGAGCUAAAUUAUUUCACUUAUUUUCAUCUUCCUUUGUGAAUAGCCUGCUAUGCCAGUUUAACUUGGACGUUUAAGGAUCAGACCAAUGGAUAAUUGAGAUGAUUCAAUUACGUUGGAACAAAUAGUGAAGCAGGAAAGUUACCACUGCAUGAUACUGCAAAGGCGUACAUGCAAAUUUUGACUGCUGUUAGUAGCAAAAUAUAGCAAGAAGCUACUAAUUUUAGGGGUGCGUGUGAAGGUGUCCAUUGGUUUUAGGCUAUGUGUUGAGCUGUGGAGACAAGGUUUUGAUACAUCUGCAGAUUUGUAGGAGCUUUUCUAACUCUAAUAACAGGUCAAGUUUGGAUGUUUUUCUUUCCCUCUUUUUUUCUCUUCAUUUUUUUUUUCUCUUAUUUUAGCCAUUGAAAAUGAUGUAUAUAUUCCAUUUUAUUGCUCAAGACAUAAGUCUGGGUAUUCUUUUCUGGUUGUUUUCCUGUACUUACAUUUGAGGAGGUUCUCACUUUUGCUUUAUAAUGGCAACCACUUUGUUAUGUGA